UUUUAGAACCAUAGUGGGAGCCUAUCUAAAAUUUACUUUAAUGGAGCAUAUUUUGCUUUGUCCUCUAAUAAGUUUCAGUUUUUUUUAAUCUAUAAAAAGUUCCAUGUCAUCUAGUUCUGAAACUCAUGUGGGCGGUUGUUUGUUACUUUAGUUACCUGCCCUGUUAGAUUUCAUCUCAACAAUCUAAUAUAUUAUAGUCCAAAUAAAGUUGAGAUGCUUGUACUCUUCUUUUGGACCAGGAAUUUGAUGCCGGCUACUUCUUUUUUCUUGUGUUACUUGAAUAGGCUUGAACAGUUUCCAGAUUUUCUUUUUCUUUCAAAUCAGAAUCUUGUAUUUCAAUUGAUGUCUGUAUAUUAAUUCUUUAAGCAAAUCUGUCUUGAGAAGAAACUGAGCAUAAGUGAUGAUUACUCUAUGUUGUUGAAGAUGUUAUUCUACAAAGAUUGAGUUUUAUGCCUCAAUACUAUAUUGGAUUCUUGAUGCUGGAAGCUUCUUUGUGGAGAAGAGGACAUUAUGCCUGGUAAUCUAAUAUGAAAGCAUAUUGGCUUCUUGUUCUACUCCUUUGCUGCUUGUUUGUGCGCUCUAAUGGGGAUGGUAAUAAUGCAUCAAGACCUGCUGUCAUCAACAUCGGAGCGCUUUUCAACUUCAACUCUACCAUUGGGAAAGUUGCCAAGAUUGCAAUUCAGGAAGCUGUUAAUGAUGUCAACUCGAAUUCUAGUAUCCUACAUGGCUCCAAGCUGAACUUAACAAUGCGGGAUUCUGUCUGCAGCGGGUUUUUGGGAUUUAUACAAGCAAUGCAACUUAUGGAGACAGAAGUCAUGGCAAUCAUAGGUCCUCAAUCUUCUACAGUUACUCAUAUGGUAUCUUUGAUAGCAAGUGAACUUCAGAUUCCAAUGCUAUCAUUUGCAGCCACUGACUCUACUCUAACGUCCCUGAGUUCCCCCUAUUUUGUGAGAACCACUUUCUGUGAUCAGUAUCAAAUGAGUGCGAUUUCUGACAUUGUUGAUCAUUAUGGAUGGAGAGAGGUUGUUGCUGUAUUCAAUGAUGAUGAAUAUGGAAGGAAUGGUGUUGCAGCUCUUGAUGAUGCUCUUGCUGACAAACGUGGCAGAAUCUCAUAUAAAGCUGCACUUCCACCAGACACAGCUGUUACACGGGGUGAUAUAUUGGACAUAUUUGUUAAGAUUGCAAUGCUCGAGUCUCGAGUCAUUGUCUUGCAUGUUAAUCUGCACUCGGGCCGAUUAAUAUUUGAUGUGGCCAGUUAUUUGGGGAUGAUAGGCAAUGGAUAUGCUUGGAUAUCCACCGACUGGCUUUCAUCAUAUAUUGAUUCUUAUUCUCCCCUUCCUUCCGGAAUGAUGAGUUCAAUGCAAGGGAUCCUUGUCUUGCGUCCGCAUACACCAGAUUCUGAUAGAAAGAGAGAUUUUGCCUCGAGGUGGAAAGACAUUGCUGGUGGUUCUUUUGGAUUAAAUGUUUAUGCACUGUACGCUUAUGAUUCAGUUUUGAUGCUUGCACAUGCAAUUGACACGCUUCUAAAUCAAGGUGGAAGUACCUCAUUUUCAAAGGAUUCUAGAUUGCGAUCGUUAAAUAGCACUGACCGUUACAUUGAAGAUAUGCGCAUAUUUGAAGGAGGACAAGCACUGUUGAGCAAUAUACUGCAGAGUGAUCUCACAGGCUUGACAGGAUCCCUUAAGUUUGAUUCAGAAAAGUCUUUGAUUCACCCUGCAUAUGAUAUAAUUAAUGUAAUUGGAACUGGAUUUCGACAGAUUGGAUACUGGUCUAAUUAUUCUGGUUUAUCAACUACUUCACCAGAGACUCUCUACAGCAGACCGGCUAAUCGUUCAAGCGCAAAUCAACACCUACACCCUGUUAUCUGGCCAGAUGGGACAACCACAGUACCUCGUGGUUGGGUCUUCCCAAAUAGUGGUACACAAUUGAAAAUAGGGGUUCCUCGUCGUGUUAGUUUCAAGGAGUUUGUUUCUCUGGUACCUGGAAGCACAGAUAAAUUCAAGGGCUUUUGCAUCGAUGUGUUUCAAGCUGCUGUCAACUUACUAUCAUACCCUGUUCCGUAUGAGUUUGUUUCUUUUGGGGAUGGCCAUAAAAAUCCAAACUACACCGAACUUGUAAAUAUGAUAGCAGCUGGUAACUUUGAUGCUGCCAUUGGCGAUAUUGCUAUUGUCACAAGCAGGACCAAAAUUGUUGAUUUUACUCAACCAUUUGCUUCAUCUGGCCUUGUGGUGGUUGCACCAUUUAAAAAGUUGAGUUCAGGCGCAUGGGCUUUUCUCCGUCCAUUUUCUCCGCUGAUGUGGGCUGUCAUUGUUCUGUCGUUCAUUACUGUUGGUGUCGUUGUGUGGAUAUUAGAACACCGGAUAAAUGACGAGUUCAGAGGCUCUCCCACAAGGCAGUUCAUAACCAUCCUAUGGUUCAGCUUUUCAACAUUGACAUUUUCACAUAAGGAGAAUACUCUUAGCUGCCUCGGUCGGAUGGUAGUAAUCAUAUGGCUCUUUGUGGUUCUGAUCCUCACCUCAAGCUAUACUGCGAGCUUGACUUCAAUUCUCACUGUGCAACAAUUAUCAUCACCCAUCAAGGGGAUUGACUCCUUAGUAGUCGGUAAUGAUCGGGUAGGAUACCAGGUGGGCUCUUUUGCAGAACAGUACUUGAUAGAGGAACUGAAUAUAUCCAAAUCUAGGCUUGUUGCACUAAAUUCACCUGAAGAAUAUGCUGAUGCUCUUAGAUUUGGUCGUAUUGAUGCUUUGGUUGAUGAACUUCCAUAUGUUGAACUCUUCCUCUCAAGCCAGUGUGAUUUUAGAAUUGUAGGCCCAGAGUUCACGAGAAGUGGCUGGGGUUUUGCAUUUCCACGGGACUCUCCCCUGGCCCCUGACAUGUCGACUGCAAUUCUGAAACUAUCUGAAAACGGGGAUCUGCAGCGAAUACAUGACAAGUGGUUGACAAUGAGCAGCUGCAGUCAAGAUAAUACAGAGAUUGAAUCGAGCCAACUCCACCUUGGAAGUUUUGUGGGUCUCUUUCUACUAAGUGGAAUAGCAUGCAUUAUUGCUCUUUGUAUAUACUUCACACGGAUUUGUCUUCGUUACCACCGUGCUUCCAAAACCCAAGUUGUGUCAAAUCUUCAGACUAGUACGUCCAACUUGCAACGAAUUCGGACGUUUAUAACUUUGAUCGAUGAAAAAAAAGAUCCGUCAAAGAAAAGGAAAAAGUCCAAGGAAAUAGAGGAUUGCCCAUUUGACGAUGAGAGGGAUGAAGAACCUGGGAGGAGUCCCAGGAGGCAGCAACCUCAAAUCUCAGGGGAUGUCGACACUGACAUGAAUCUGUAAAGUUCAAAAAAAACAGAUUUUAAGUGUAUUCUAUUUCUUUUCAUAAUAGAAUUACUCUUUAAUACAUGUAGAGUUGGUGCAAACCAAGAGAAAAAACCUUGACAAAGUUAGCAUGACACUCCUGGAUAUUAGAUGGGUAGUUCUUCUAGCAUAGGGUAUAUGAUCUAGUGUCCAGAUGACUAGACUUGAUCUCUUUUUUUCUUUUCUAUUCUGUCAAAAAUCAAUAAUUUCCAGCACCAUUGAUUCUAUAACAAGCACUCAGAAAGUACCACUUGUGCA